AUGGGAAAAGCAAAUUUCUCUCUCAUAGUAGAAUUCACACUUCUGGGAUUUUCUGAUCUUCCCAACCUUCAGGGCUUUCUGUUUGGACUUUUUCUGAUUAUCUACAUUGGUAUUCUAAUGGGAAAUGGACUUAUCAUUAUAAUAACCAAGGUCGAUUCUGCACUCCAAACCCCUAUGUAUUUUUUCCUUAGGAAUUUUUCCUUUUUGGAAAUCUGCUAUACCUCAGUCAUCCUUCCAAGAAUACUGGCUAAUCUAUGGACCCAAAAGAGAAAUGUUUCUUUUGUUGCCUGUGCUGUGCAAUUUUGUGCUUUCUUUGUUAUGGCAAUUGCUGAAAACUUCCUUUUGACUGUAAUGGCCUAUGAUCGCUAUGUUGCCAUUUGUAAGCCACUGAAUUAUCCUCUCAUCAUGAACCACAAGGUGUGUGUCAGACUGGUAGUUGGCUCAUGGAUGGGUGGGAUCCCGAUACAUAUAUUGCUGACAUAUCUGAUAUUUUCUUUGCCUUUCUGUGGUUCCAAAAAUAUUGAUCACAUUUUUUGUGACAUUCGCCCAUUAUUGAAGUUGGCCUGUGGAGACACAUCUGUGAAUGAAUUUACUUUUUAUGCUGUUGUCUUAAUUCUUGGCAUGUUUCCUUUCAUGUUAAUAAUCUGGUCAUAUAUGAAAAUCAUCACAACCAUCCUGAAGGUUCCAGGAACCAAAGGAAGGUUUAAAGCCUUUUCCACUUGUUCCUCUCAUCUCAUGGUUGUGGCACUAUACUUUGGAUGUGGUAUUAUUACGUAUUUGCGACCUAGUUCUGGCCACUCAGCAGGCCUAGACAAAGUGCUCUCUAUCUUCUAUACCACUGUAACUCCAAUGUUUAACCCCAUCAUAUAUAGUCUGCGCAACAAAGAUGUUGUUGUGGCAAUAAGAAAACUACUAUUUAAGUGA